UGAUGUCGAUGAAUUAAUAUGGCGGACCAAAAUAACAAGGGCGCUAAAAGAUUUAUUUCGUUAAUUUGUAUUAUUUUCAAUUCUUAAAUUGAUUGUGUAUUUGUGCGCAACUGUUAAGCGUAAGUUUUUUUAAACGCUAAAUAUAUCGUUGUCAUACCGAAAAUGACAUCAAUUAAAGUGAAUUUUGAAAUUGGGCAUGUAGCUUCUUUGCGGUCCAAGAAGACGCCCGAAGGAUUCACUCACGAUUGGGAAGUUUUCGUGCGCGGGCAAGAAGGUGCCGAUAUAAGUCACUUUGUAGACAAAGUUGUAUUCAAUCUUCACAACACUUUUCACAAACCUAGAAGAGUUGUUAAGGAGCCACCAUUCUCUCUCAAGGAAUCUGGUUAUGCUGGGUUUCUAAUUCCCAUUGAUAUUUACUUAAAAAAUAAAGAUGAACCUAAGAAAAUACCAUUUGUGUAUGAUUUAAAUUUACACAAUAGUGGACUUCUUAAAGACAGGUAUGUGUUUCAAAACCCCAAUGAUGAGUUCAAGAAGAAACUGUUGAAGGGAGGCGGUAUAACUGUCAGAAAUGAUGCUUACUACACUAAUCCUGAUCAGGAAAGUAGAAGUCGAGAUUCCUUCAGUGAUGACAAGCCACAAAUGACCAGUAAACCCAAAAUGUCAUCAGAAAAUGUCAAAAAACAUAAGGUUAAGGAGCAUAAAGAAGAAGUCCCUCAUAAAACAAGUAGUUUUGAAACUUUGUUUGGACCACCUAUUCAGAAACCUCCCAAAGUGUCGCCAGAUCCUAAAAAGAUAGAAAAAAAUGUAGCUACUGUAGCUAAACCAGACAAAAAAGAAAGAUCUAGUUCAGAUAAAAAAUCAAAACAUGAUCAUAAAGAAUCUAAAUCAGAAAAAGUGAAAGCAAAAGAAGAAAAAGACAAACCUAAACAAGACAAAGUGAAAAGUCAUAACAAAGAACAAGAACGAACUAAAGAUAAACCCAAUAAAAGGACAAGUGACAGGCCACCUUCACCAGAGCCAGCCAAGAAGAGAUGUGUCAGUCCAGUGAGAAAACCACCCAGUCCUCCUCCACGGUCAAGUAGUGCUUCUAGCUUUAAAGAAGAAUAUAAACCUCCAAAGCAUGAUAUCUCUGAACAAAAGAAACAAAAAACUGAAGACAAAGCACCGGAAAUAAAGACAGAUAAAGAAUCAAAGGAAAAGAAGAAGAAAGAAAAGAAAAGUCAUGAUAGAGAUAAAGAAAGGAAAGAAAAAAAGGAACAUAAAAAAGACAGUCAUAAAUCAAAAGAAUCUCCUAAAGAAAUUGUGAAAGAAAUAGCAAAGCCCAGGGAGAUACCUAAAGAAAUAGUGAAAGAAUCCCCCCCAAUAAAAGAAAAGCUAUCAAAACCAGAGAAAAACAAGUUUUCUAUAGAGAAUCUUAGGAAAACUCCACCCCCCGAAAAUGUUGAAAGAUUGGAAAACCAUAAAUCAAAAGACAAAGGAGAUUCAGAAAAACGACACAAACAUAAGAAAAAAGAUAAAAAGCGUGAUGAGUCUAGAGAAAAGCACAAAGAAUCUAGCAAAGAGAAAAAACAUAGGCAUGAAAAGAACAGAGAAAUUGUCCCUGAGCCUGUUGAAAUCAUUGAACGUAGAGAAACUCCCGUUUCUAAAGAGAGAUCUCUACCGGAACCAGCUUCUCCUAUUUCUAUUGACACAGCAUCUCAGUGCAGUUCAAAGAGUGGCAUUGCCAAGACAUCACACAUUGGGAAUGAAGACGUGAACAGUAGUCACUCAGAUUCAGAGAGCUCUAUAAUAGCUGAAGAAGAGGAGUUAAAAGUAAAAGUUGAGAAUCCUUCACCAGAGCCACUGAAACAUGAGCCUUCUCCUGAGAUAGAACCUGAGCCGGAGCCCGAAGUUGAGCCAGAACCAGAACCGGUGGUAGAACCACCCCAUAAAGAGAAAUCAAGAAAGCACAAAGACAAAUCUUCCAAGAGGGAAGAGAAACGACGUAAGAGAAAAGCUGCAGAAGAAGAAGAAGAGACUAGGAAAUUAGUUAAAACAGAAAAUUCAGCUCCUCUUAAUGCUGACAUGGAAAAAGGCGAGAGUAGUGGUUCUACAUCAGUAGAGACUAAAGUCCAAGAUAAUGGGGUUUCAAGUAGCUUGGGUGAGGAUGCUGAGCCUGGAGACCUAUCUCCCGAGUACAUGGGACAGCUCCGUGACCUUCAGAAGCGCAUCAUGACCAUUAACAACAAUGAAGAUCUCGAAAGAGUGGUCAAUUUGAUAGCAGAAACUGGCAGGUAUGAAGUUACUACACAGACAUUUGACUUUGACUUGUGUCUUUUAGACCGCUCAACAGUGCAACAACUAAUACAACUAGUUGGUUGCUAGCCGACAUUUAAUUUGGACUCUAGAACUUUGUACUAAACCUUGGUGUUCACAAAAGUGAUAGUGCAAAUUGGAGUGAAUAGCUAAUGAAUGGAACGGAAUCACAAAAAGUGCUGUUUGUAUUGUGAGAAUAAGGUGUGUAAUCUAAAAACUUAUCCUCGAGAUAUUCAAGUGUGUAUAACAGCUAGAAAUAAUCUCAUUAACACUAUGUUAUCUUAUUAUAUUCACUCACAUUACUCCAUAUUGAGUUUUAAGUGCAAUACUGUAUAGGUAUUUAAAGCUAUAAGACUGUUGAAAGAUUGUUAAAACGUAAUGUAUAUUUUGUACAUUAAUAUAUUGAUUAAUUAUAAUGUAAGUUAAAAGAUUGAGAGUUUUUAAAUAACUUCCUGUCUCAGAAAGGACUAAGGGAGGCUAUGUUAAUAAUUGUAUCAUAGGCUAACAUUAGGAGUAACAUGGAUUUUAUUUUAGAUGAUGAGACACACACCAGGUAUCAUUUGUGCAGUGGCUGUAAUUUUAAGAUCAUUUUAUUUAAGUAUUGCACAUUUUAAUUGUCUAGGUGUUUCUCAUUUGUAAUUGAUUCGAUGCAAAUCGGCAAUACAUUUCUGCAUAUUAUUAAUUUUAAGUUAAAUUAAUGCCCAACAUCACUUUAGAUGGUAUGAAUUUCUUAAGCAUUUUGUUUUAAAAAAUAAGGGUGAAUUUAAAAACUCCUGUAAAAUUGUAUAAAUAAUUAAAUGUGCUCAUAAAUUAUUGGCUAUGGUUUGGAUUUCCGAUGUCUGUACCUAUAUUAUUUGUUACAUAACUUAUUUUUUUUAUUUAACUAGUGUUACUACACAAUAUGAAAAUAAAACAUAUAGAGAGUGAAA